GGGAAGAAGCCAGGAUUUUGCAACUAACAGCUUCAAGGAUUUGUUUCAGGUGUGGAGGCCGGCCCUGAAUCUCAGGAGGGAGAGCCAAAGGAUCGAGAAUGGACCAAGAGGCGGUGAAAGAAAAAAAGCAGGAAGAAAAAGGGGAGCGAGAGGAGGCCCUGAUUGAGUUCUACAGCUCCUUCAAAGACCUCUUCGAGUUCUUUUGUUUGAACACCACCGUCCAUGGCACCAUCCGUCUCGUCUGCUCGACCCGCAACAAGAUGAAGACGGCCUUCUGGGCUCUCCUCUUCCUCGUCAGCUUCGCCAUGCUGUACUGGCAGUUUGCGCUCAUCUUCAACGAAUACUGGAGCUACCCCGUCAUCAUGACCAUAUCCGUUCACUCACAACCGAAGAUGUUUCCGGCCAUCACCAUUUGCAACCUGAAUCCUUACAGGGUCGACGCUGUUCGGAAAAACAUGGCUGAGUUGGAUAAUCUAACAAGGAGGACUUUCCACGAAGUGUACGGCUUCCCCAUGCCAGAGAGUGUGCUGGAAGAGAACUGGAAGACAGAUGAUUGGCUGAGCAAUAGGUCAAUCAAAGUCAACAGUUCCAGCUUCCGCCUAAAUGAGAGCUUUGGACUCCUGAAGCUGGGGAAGGAGAAGGAGAAAGUGGGUUUUCGAUUGUGCAAUGAAACAGGUGGAGAAUGCUACAGGAAAGUAUAUCUAUCAGGAGUGGAUGCCAUCCGGGAAUGGUACCGUUUUCACUACAUGAAUAUCAUGUCUCAGGUCCCGCCGGUCAACUUUUCCAACAAUGAGCAAUGCCCGGGGGGCAUUCAAGACCUGGUCUAUUCUUGCAGGUACAAUCAGGAGCGUUGCCCGCACAGUGACUGCAGACACUUCCACCACGCCAUCUACGGAAGCUGCUUCACUUUUAAUGGUAACGGGACCGAUGAGACGUGGGAAGCAGCCAAUCCCGGAACACUUUAUGGUCUGGCCCUCAUUCUGAAGGUGGAUCAAAAGGAUCACAUCCCGCUGCUGUCCAGCAAGGCGGGCGUGAAAGUCAUGAUCCACAAGCACAACCAGACGCCAUUCCUGGAGCACGAAGGAUUCGACAUUCGGCCAGGGGUUGAAUCCACCAUUGGGAUCAAAGAGGUCGAGGUAACGCGCUUAAAUGGAAAUUACGGCGACUGUACAACAGACGGAAAAGAUGUGAACGUCACAAUCAUCUACGAGAGCAAUUAUACGCUGCAGGCUUGCCUGCAUUCCUGCUUCCAGCAACUGAUGAUUAAAAACUGUCGCUGUGGAUAUUAUUACUACCCUUUGCCUCCUGGGGAGGAAUACUGCAAUUAUAACAAGCACCCUGGCUGGGGUCACUGCUUUUACUCGCAGUACGAUCAGUUUGCCAGCCACAAGCACAGUUGCUUCCAAAAAUGCAGAAAGCCGUGCCGGGAGACUUGGUACAGACUUUCAGCAGGAUACGCUAAGUGGCCGUCGACCAAAUCAGAGAGAUGGAUUCACAAAGUUUUGAAAGAGCAGUACAACUACAGCACCAGCAACGAAAGGAAAGGCAUCGCCAAAGUAAACAUAUUCUACGAGCAUUUGGAUUAUUAUUCGUUGGACGAAACUCCUGGAUACAACGCGGCUCUGGCGAUGUCUAACAUGGGAAGCCAGUGGAGUCUCUGGUUCGGCUCCUCAGUGCUGUCGGUGGUGGAGAUGCUCGAAUUCCUGGUGGACAUCAUCAUUUUGUCCCUCAUCUUCGGCUACCGGUGGCUAACGGCCAAGAAGAUCCACGUGAUGACCAACCCACCCGCCAUCUCGGCCGUGAGCUUGACUUUGGAGAAAUACCGAUACAUGGAGGAGGGCUUGGCGACCAGCCAAAACAUGACGAAACUAUACACUAGCGCUAGCGACGGAGAUGCCUCUGUAAACAAAAAGGGGACCUCCACUCCCAUCUCAAAAUAUACUGGGUGCCACAUACCAGAGGCGUACACGGGUGUGGUGCUUAAUAGGUUCAAAUACCAGGGGGACCACUGCACAGAAACGGUUCUCAGAAGGUAG